AUGUUUCAGGAAACAACGAGUUUUAAUCAAAACAUAAAUAUUGAUUCUUCAGGAAAGAAAACCUCCAUUGUCGAUCAAGAAUCUGACAAUGGCGCAGACAUAAGAAAUACUAUAAAAAAAAAACUGUCGAUCGGUAAAAUGACCAACAGCAAUAAUGGUGAGCGUGGUGAUGGAAGCAAUAACAUUGGAAGAAAGAGUAGUAAGAGUAGUAAGAGUAGAGGCCUUAGGAAGAGAUGGAGCGAUAGGAAACGAAAGAACCAAAGCAUUGACCGAAUGAUCUCUUUAGGCGAAGCGUAUUUUAUUAUACAUUCGUGUGUUGAUGAGAUAGUGUCAAGAGGCUUAACCGAACCAGACAUCUUCCACCCUCUGAAAACAAGCGACGGUGGCAUUUCUGAGGUUAAAUACCUAAUCAAUUGUCUACUGCAGGACAAUAAAGUCGAGUUUGAUGAUGAAUUGAAAUGUCAGGACAUUCGUAACAUUGCGGCCUUGGUGAGAUGGACCUUGAGGAAUUGCACCGAACGAUUGAUAACUGUGGGAAAUUAUGAAGAAUUCGUUAGGAUUGAACAAGAAUCGAAAUAUGACACCCAAAAAGAAAUCUUUACCAGAUUCCUUAAGACACUCUCUCGUCAAUCACAAGAUAUCCUUCUCGAUCUUUUCAAUCUUUUCUCUCAGAUCUUACUUCAGUCUCAGAUCAAUAAAAUGUCUGUUCAUCGCCUCAUAAAAUCGCUGUGUUUCUACAUAAUCGAUUACUGUGAUGGUAAGAAUGGUAGCGGUGAACAUGCGUUUGCUGCCGAAAAGCAAGACGUUAAACGCGCGAAGAAACGCGACAAUGGGCACGAUGAUGACGAAAACGAUCACCAAAAUUUCAUCAAGACCUAUUACGGUUGGCUGAAAUCGUCGGAUGCAUGUAUUCAUCUGUUCCUGGCCUACCUCCGUGAACAGGCGU